UCAGCUGGAGCGCGAGAGAGGUUCAGAUUGAGCGGAGAACAGGAGGAUUUAAAUACCUCUAAGCGGGCGACCUGCUCAGCCCUUCGGGUGUGGGAGGGUGACUGUUUUGUGUCUUUGCUAGACCGGGGGAGCAGGGGGGUGGAGGAGGAGGAACGGAUAAUGAGCUAUUCUUGUACCAGCACAGGCAACAGCCAGGACCCAUCGUGCUCUAAGAAGUCUGGCGGCGUUAAUCCCGGUAGUUGCAGCAGCGGAGACACCGGCAACAGCGAUAACCACCACAGCAUCCGCGGCAGCAAAGCGAACUCGAACCCUGAUUUAUCCGAGGCCAUGAGGGUCAAGAAGGGCUGCAACACGACAGACGUCGGGGUCCCCGUAACCACAGAGGAGGAAUUGCUUGCGAACGAAACGAUCUCCCCGGAGGAUGUGCUGGGAUUGCAGAAGAUCACUGAAAACUAUCUGUGUAGUCCAGAAGACAAUGUAUACAAUAUAGACUUCACACGGUUCAAGAUCAGGGAUAUGGAGACAGGAACAGUACUGUUUGAGAUCACCAAACCUCCAGCCACAGAUAAAGGAGGGGAUAAAAGAGAUGUUGAUCCAAAUGCUGGCCGAUUUGUACGUUAUCAGUUUACGCCGGCUUUCUUACGGCUUCGUCAAGUAGGAGCCACUGUUGAAUUCACAGUAGGGGACAUCCCCAUCAAUAACUUCCGGAUGAUCGAGAGGCACUAUUUCCGUGAACAGCUGCUGAAAAGCUUCGACUUUGAGUUUGGCUUCUGCAUCCCCAGCAGCAAGAACACCUGUGAGCACAUCUAUGAGUUCCCCCCGCUCUCAGAGGAUCUCAUGCGUGAGAUGAUCCUCCAUCCUUAUGAGACGCAGUCUGACAGCUUCUACUUUGUGGACAACAAGCUGGUCAUGCACAACAAAGCAGAUUAUUCGUACAGCGGAGGCCCUUAGGACAGCCGUGGGAGGGGACUGAGGCAGAGAGUUUGACUGACAGACCUAAGAACAAAUCACAUGUCUUUGUCCAGCAGUCACACCCUCCUUGAAUCAGUGUCAUAGACGACUGCCUGCAGUGCGUCAUGUCUGUUUUUCUGAUUUAGAGAGUCAUAUCAUAAGGUCUUAUCCAAUGCAUACAUAUCCUAUUCUGAUUUCACACUGCCAUCAUUCACAUCAGCAAAUAUAGAUAUUAAAGCAUUUAUUUUGUAUGAGCAAGGCACUGUAAUGUGAAUAGUUCUUAGGUUUUCUAUUCAUCAGGUGCGUGCGUGUGUAUGUGUGUGUUUUGAUUCAAUGAUUUUGUGUGUGUAUGUGUGUGAGGGGGGUGUUUAACACUGAUAAGAUCAUUAUAUAUUGUUGAUGAGUAUUUCUUUCCCUGUCAGAAUAAGCUACAUCAUAUUUCAUGAUAUUUGUGAACUUUUCAUCCUAAAUAGAAUAAGAUAUGAUUUUAUGGUGAGACCUUGACAUAAUUGAUAGAUUUGUGUUGCAUUACACUCUCAGAAAAAAAAAGGUACAGAAGCUGUCACUGGGGCAGUACCUUUUGAAAAGGUACACUUUUGUACCUAUUAGGUACUAAUAUGUACCUCUAAGGUAACAAUAUGGAAAUACCUAACAAUACCUUUUGAAAACAGUGACAACUUGUACCUUUUUUCUGAGAGUGUAGAUAUAUUUUGAUACGUGAACAAACUUGCUUAAUUUUGGGAUGUUGAUUAUUUGUGUGGAUAAAAACAAAAAAACAUGCAUAAAAAGUCAAAUUAGUUCAAACUUUCAUGGUGCGCAAGCUUCAUGGAUCUGUCGAAACGAAGGACUUUUGCAUUCAAAGGUCUGCAUAAAGUUUCUGAUUAUACAUAAUUCACACUUCAAAUGAGAUGUUGUGUAGAUAAAACAACGUUGUGAAAAACGCCUACUGAAAAGGGAACACGGCACACAUCACAAGCCUUGACAUUUCAAACAUCUGCUUCGUGUGGUUUCUUUUUGACUUCGUACAAAACAAGAGGAAAGAAAUGACCGUUUUGAGCUGUUUAAAGAACAGUAGUUCGAAGAGAUCAAGAGAUGCGGUCUCUUCUCACCUCUCCAUCUAGCAUUCCCUUUCUCACACAUUCCAGCGAGCCAGGCCCUUCAAGGCUGUUUAGUGCACAUAGCAGAGGUUAGAUUUAAGAUUUUAUCCAAGGAUGUGCUGUAUCUAUGAUCCUUGUAUUCAUAGUGCAAAAAGUGCAUUUAGGAGAAUGAUUUUCCUGUUUUUGGUUUAUGAAUAAAGGCUUUCAAAAACUUCUUUAAGUGCAUAAAAUGGAGGAAUAAUUUGAAAAAUGUUUCUAUUUAGAUGUAAUAUGUGCUUUAUUUAUGAUUGUGAUUUAAUGUAAAUGAUUUUUUGGGGGGAGAAAAAGAAACAUAUGUUUUGGACAGUUCAAAUGCCAGUCUGGAAUAAAAGAGAAUUAAAUGUA